GGCAAGGCCGGAACAUCAUAGAGGAGAGACAUGGGAUUAUUUCAAAGAAGGUAGGGAAAUGGAGAUAGACAUGGAGCCCGCUAGCAUGCGGAACACAUGCAAGGUGGAUGAAUCUUCUAUGUUAAACAAUGUUGAUAUGGCAGAUGGAGAGGAUAGUAACAGAUUGAUUGGAGAUUUGAUUCCCAAAUCUUUCAAGGAAAUUGAGGACCUUGAAGAUUCUGUUAUUUCUUCAGAUGAAGAAACAAAGUUGAAUCAUAAUGAGGAGGUGAUCGAUCAAGUUGAGUUCAACCAUAAUAUGGAGGUGACCUGUCAAAUUGAUAAUAUAAAGGGUACACAUUUGGAUUUUUCAAAAGAAGCAUCAGUGUCAAAUGAUGACGGUGGUUCUACAGUCUUUAGAAACCUGACACAUCCAAUAGUGAGAAGUUUUUUGCAGAAGAGUCAUCGCAUGAAAAGUGUCACGUACUUUCUUCGGUCCUAA